AUGAAGCGCAAACUGGACGCCAAUGACGUGCCUAAUCCUGCAACUGAAAUCGAGGGCAAGAAGGAGGACGCAACAUUUGCAGCGUUAGGACUCGACUCGCGAUUACUCCAAGGAAUCGCGAAGCAGAACUUUCAGACCCCCACACUGGUGCAGAGCAAAGCAAUUCCUCUGGCACUGGAGGGCCGAGAUAUACUGGCGAGGGCGAAGACUGGAACCGGAAAGACAGCGGCCACAUCCGCCCUGAUACUUGUGCCGACUCGCGAACUUGCCGAUCAAGUGAUAAAGGUUGUCGAGUCGUUCUCCGCCUUCUGCACGAAAGAGAUCCGCGCGGUCAACCUCGCCCAAAAGGUUUCUGAUGCCGUCCUACGGUCCCUCCUCGCCGACUCCCCCGAUAUUGUCAUUGCGACGCCUGCUCGAGCCUCGAUGAACUUGAACACUGCAGCUUUCUCUCUUGAAAACCUGGCGCAUUUAGUUAUUGAUGAGGCGGAUCUGGUUCUGUCGUACGGUUACGACGAGGAUUUGCAGAAUGUGGCCAAGAUUAUGCCGAAGGGCGUGCAAACAAUACUAAUGAGUGCGACUUUAACCAGCGAAGUCGAAACAUUGAAAGGGCUGUUCUGCCGGAACCCAGUGGUUUUGAAAUUGGAGGAAGCAGAGGUAGAAGGAGAGGGAGUCAGCCAGUUUGUUGUGAAAUGCGCAGAAGACGAGAAGUUUCUGCUGGCAUAUGUCAUUUUCAAGCUGAAGCUGAUCAAAGGCAAAUGUAUUAUAUUUGUUGGAGAUAUCGACAGGUGCUACAGACUGAAGCUCUUUCUCGAGCAAUUUGGAACGAGAAGCUGUAUUCUGAACUCGGAAUUGCCAGUCAACUCGAGAAUCCAUGUGGUAGAGGAGUUCAACAAGAACGUUUACGACAUCAUCAUUGCUUCUGACGAGCACGAGGUACUAGGGGAUGAGGAUGAGCCGAAGGAGGAUAAUGGAACGAAUGAGGCAGUGGCUGAGGAUGGUACGGCAGCAGUGAAAAAAGACAAGAACGCUGAGCCAGCAGCACAACCUUCGAAAAAGAAACGCAGAACGGUGAAGAAGGAUAAGGAGUAUGGAGUUUCGAGAGGUAUCGACUUCAAGAAUGUCGCGUGCGUUCUUAACUUCGACCUUCCCACGUCCUCCAAAUCCUACACCCAUCGAAUCGGCCGAACCGCCAGAGCUGGCCAGACUGGAAUGGCCCUGUCAUUCGUGAUCCCCAAGGAGCUGUAUCGAAAGCACAAACCAACAAGUAUUCAAUCGGCUAAAGACGACGAGAAGAUACUGGCGAAGAUUGUGAAGCACCAGGCGAAGAAGGGCAAGGAAGUAAAGCCGUACAAUUUCGACAUGAAGCAAGUGGACGCAUUCAGAUACCGUAUGGGUGAUGCGCUGCGGGCUGUGACUGGUAUCGCCAUCCGUGAAGCCAGAACCCGAGAGUUGAGGCAGGAGUUGAUCAAGAGCGAGAAGCUGAAGCGCCAUUUUGAGGAGAACCCCGAGGAUCUGCAUCAUUUGCGACACGAUGGUGAGCUACGAGCUGCACGAGUUCAGUCACAUAUGAAGCAUGUUCCAGAGUAUUUACUGCCAAAGGAGGGUAGGAAGGCACUGACUUCAGGUGAAAUUGGUUUUGUUGGGAUUAGGAAGACGACUGAUAAUCGAAUCAGGAAAGCUAGGGCGGUGAACAGGGGUAAGGGAAAAGGAAAGAAGGUCAUUGGGCGCAAGAUGGACCCUUUGAAGACGUUCAAGGGGAGCUUGCGGAAAUAA